AUGCUAGCACGACGAGGUGCGGCUGCACAGGGCGCAUCCCGCGCCCUGAGCACGCAACACAAGGAUGCGGCUGAGCCACAAUUCAUGCACGCACAGAUCCUGCGAAAUGCGUACAUUGUGGCCCAGUCGCAGCUCCUGCAGCUGGCUAAGCAGAUGGAAUAUGACGUGGACAUUUCCGAGUGGGAGGACGAGAUGCAAGAGAAGAUGCAAGAGUUCUGGGAGCAAACGCGCCAGCAUGUAGACGAAUUUUGUGCGCGUAUGCGAACACAAGAAGAAGACAAGCCUCGUAUCGCUGCGGAGGUGGUCAAGUCACCAAGGAAAAAGCGUGACGACGUGCGUUUCCCUGUAUCUCCCUCCCCCCGUCCCAAAAAGGUGGCAGAUGCACUGUGCUCAGACGAUGAAGAAGAGGAAGGGCACGAUCAUCGUGAUGUCAAAGCGCAUGAUGCACUUCAGCCGCCCAGCUCGGGUGCGGUCGAAGACACGGAGCCUAGUGACAAGGUCGCUUCUUCCAGUGCUUCACCGCCACUUCCGGCUUUGACGCCAGGCACAGGGCUUCGGCCAAAGCGCACGCUGGGAUCUACGCUGCGAAGCACGAAAAAGCCCGAGCCUAAGGAGCCUGUCCAGGUCAAGGCUCCAUCGCGUUUCCGCUCGAGUUUCCUGAACAAGAGUCUGCGGCACGCGAUGGAAGAGAAGCAAACUAGCAUGUCGCCUGUUGCAGCACUUGACGAGCCUAGUCCAUUCCACGAUGCCGUGUCGGAGCCGCCUAAGGAAGACAUGGAGCCUCGGCCUACGCGUCCCAGUCUUGCGCAAGCAGGUGGCCUAGAUGCUUUGCGCACGCGCCUGGAACAUGUGCGACGUGCUAGUACGACCCCGAGCGCCAACGCUCUGAGCACCGCUGUAGCGGAUCAUCGAAGCACAGCAGCACGUGCACCUCUUGAUACCCAUGCCUCAGAGGUGCCGUCCGAUAUGGGACCUCUUUCUGAAGCACUGGAGCCUGCGCCGGAAGAGCCCGUGCCCUCGUCCUCUCGUCCCAUCGAAACAUCCCCUGCCAAGCCUUUGGACGAGCCACCGAAUGCGUCGGCCACGCCGCCCAGACCCGUGUCUCGGCCUGUAUCGCCCACACGCAGUCCCAGUCGCGAGGGGGUAGGCAAAGUCCACGUCCCGCCGCCUUUCCUCCAGCGAUCGGCUGCCUCGGCUACGUCAAACAUUCCCACACCUACGACCCGCUCUCCCGGACGCCUGCGUGAGGAGCUACUAUCGCCAUUUCGAGCGCGUGCCGCUGAUACGACGCCAUCGGCAUCGCCCACCCGUGUGCGUCCAUCACCUUCACGUCAGGGCGUGUCCAAGAUUCCCAGCCCGGUCCGGAAACCUGUCCCGGCGUUGUCGUCGAGCAGUCCUGCACCGAUCAGGCGCCCGGCGUCUGUGGCGGACAUGCGCUCGACCCAACAAAAUGGCUUUGGCUCACGACUCAAGGGCCUCCUUGGCCUGAGCACCAGCCGCCCGGCGAGUGUCUUACAGCAGUCGACGCCGCGCCCUGCACCCAACAAAGAGCCUGAGGUAUCAGAAGCGAUGCCUGGCUCGUUCACAACAGAAGCGCCACGGCCAGCCAAGGCUGCUACCCCGAUCAAGACCAAGCCGUGGCAGAGCAGCAGCGUUUCUCGGCCAGGCAUGCGCCCCGUGUCGGUGGCAGCCAUGGCACGCCCAGGCUCCAGCGCGAGUGUCCGUCCAGGCACGCGAGUGUCCAGUGCCACACGGCCGAUGUACACCUACGAUACCGAGGGUAAGCGCCGAAAGCUGUCGCAGCAUCCACUGUCUGAGUCGACGAACCACGAGGAGCGCGUUCAGUCGGAAGACGCGCUGAAGAGCAAGCUGACGACGCAGGCCGUGCGGCCUAUCACCAAGCAGGUGCGUGCGUCCAACACCGCGGUGCGCCCGCCCGGCACACGUGUAUGGAGCAACACAGCAUCGCGUCCGCCGCCGCCUCGAUCCAGUGCACACAGCUCCCACAAUGUCUUUCAGCAGGUCCCGACGGGCGAGGAAGAUCGCGGUGACGUGGCGGAUGUCGACUUGCCCGAUGUGGCUAGCGAGUAUUCUGACUCCGACGACGAGACGGCCAUACGCAAACGCAAAUUGGAGCCGUCAUGGACUCGUGGACGUGAGCUGGAAGAAAUUUUGCUGCAGCAGUCGACGAUCGAUCCUGACGAGAUCUUCGGCUGCCAGAACGUCGGACCCGUGCCACUCGACACAAUGCUGCCGGCUCGCAAAGGCGAUCGGCGUCGUAUGCGGCACCGCACGAGCUCGGCCAACUGGAAUGGACCGGAUGGCCUGGCGCAGUGGGAAAUCGAUCGGUAUAAUGAGCGCAUGGGCAUACAGUCUGCCUCGACCACAGGUCUAUAG